GACUACUGAAGGAACUUCGCGUUACGCGUUUAAUAUUUAUGAGCCGGAAGACGGUCAGUAGCAGCUUACCCAGGAUGCUUGGCGUGUUCGUAGCUGUGAAGAAUGUGUGACAAUGGCAACAAAUACUACAGAGAAGAAUCCACAUUUCGACUGUCCGUCAUGGGCAGGGAAGCCUCCAGCAGGGCUGCAUUUGGACGUGGUGAAAGGAGACAAACUUGUUGAGAAACUGAUCAUUGAUGAAAAGAAGUAUUAUUUGUUUGGGAGGAACCCAGACAUCUGUGACUUCACCAUUGACCAUCAGUCGUGCUCUCGCGUGCAUGCGGCACUCGUCUACCACAGGCAUUUGAAACGGGUGUUUCUCAUCGACCUUAACAGCACACAUGGUACGUUCCUCGGACACAUUCGCCUGGAGCCCCACAAGCCCCAGCAGGUUCCCAUCGAUUCCACUAUGUCGUUUGGUGCGUCCACACGCGUCUACACCAUUCGGGAGAAACCUCAGAGUCAGCCGGGCACUGGUGUCGGGGAAAGUAAAACUGGUGAUGACGAGGAGCUUAAGGGACUUCUGGGACUUCCAGAGGAAGAAACUGAACUGGAGAACCUGACUGAGUUCAACACCGCUCAUAACAAGCGCAUCUCCACCCUCACCAUAGAAGAGGGCAACCUGGAUAUUCAGAGGCCCAAGAGGAAGAGGAAGAACUCCAGAGUGACCUUCAAUGAAGAGGAUGAGGUCAUUAACCCAGAGGACAUCGACCCCUCUGUUGGGCGUUUCAGAAACAUGGUCUCAACAGCUGUCGUUCCUAUUAAGAGGAAGAAAAUGGGCGGUGGUAAUGCGCUGGGAAUCGAGGAAACCGUAACACGGCACAUGCACGCAUUCCCCUUGCAAAGUGGACUCUACAGAGACCUUCCGCCUGCCAGUCAUGAAGCUCAAUUGACAGGCGCUCCCAGCGGAGCCACAAUCCUGGGAGGACUGCCGUUACCCCUGCCCAACCCUGCCCCGGAUGUAGACCUGGCCCAAGAGGUCCCGCCACCCCCGCUCAAGCUCAAUCCCACACCUGUAACCGGCCCGUACGUCUCCGAGCUCCUCAAUGAACCCCGCAAGAAGAAGUACGCUAAAGAGGCAUGGCCUGGCAAGAAGCCCGCUCCGUCUCUGCUUAUUUAGCUGCGUAUUCAUAAUAUAGGAUGUGGCUGACUCUCCUGUCCUCAUGAACUUUAUCUUGAAGAAGCAGGCUUUGACUUCUACUGGACUACAGGAAUCUGAUUUAAUGCAAGAAAUUAAUGUGUACAUUUUAAAGGAACAAUUCUUCCAAAAAUGAACAUUAGACUUAGACUCAUGUCAUUCCAGACAGGUAUUAUUUUCUGAAUUUGAUGACAAAAGGCAGAAUGUCCUCCUUUGCACAAUUCAGUUUGAUUUAAAAAUUAGUGCUUUUCGCUCUGUUCCUCACAAUAGAUAAUCGGUUUUAUAAAUCAUCAAUUUUUGUCUUGUGUAAAAUAGCUGCUUUUUUCACAGAAAACAAACAAACAAACAGGGUUUGCAGUGACAUGAGGGUGAGUAAAUGACAGUUUUCAUUUUUGGUUGAACCGUUCCUUUAAAAAAAAAACAGCGUAAUGAACAUAAUGAAAAGGAAACAAAAGUACAUUGUUUGACCCAAAUAGUGUAAAAAAAUUACACUAUAAUAAUUUUAAAAUGUGUCAUGUUUGGCCUGAAAUUUACGAGGGUUUAUCUUUUAUAGUGUACUCUCCCUUUUUAUAUUACUAUUUAUGUAAAAUGUUUACAAGGACAGGCUUUUUAUGUACACAUUUUAAAACGAUUAGCUGUUUGGCCGAUACGCUUCCAUUAGCAUCAUUGAUGCAGAUGAGAUGGAUGUGGUAGAUCUUCCACAAACCUGUACUAGGCUUCAUAACUGGUGAAAAUUUGCAUUACUGUAACACUUUACCGUUUUGAAGAUUUUUUUUGACCUUCCUCAGCUGUUCCACGCUGGAUUAUUUCCCCUUAAUAUACAAACGGAGUGAAGCGUUUCAAAUGAACUGAUGGUAAUGUGGUUCAUCAGGUGUUUCCCUGCAGACUUCACUGUUGAAGAAAGAAAAAAUGUUUUAUACUCUUAUGUUCUGUUUGGUACAUUUGUUUGUACAUAUCACUCACAAUAAAACCCAGUGUAUUUUUAUAUAUUUAAA